AUGGCGGUAGGACGUGCUGUACUUAGAUGCGUCCUCAUAUACCUUAUUCCCUUCACUAUCUUACACAAUUAUGGAUGGAAACGAAACCUUUACUUAUUUGAUAGCUGUAUCUACAGGUUUUCAGAAGGAAUUACUAAGCAGAGUUCUGAUAGCGAUGGUUUUUGCUGUCAAAUGUCCAUGUGUGAACUUCACAAUAGACGCCAUUUUGAGCUCCUACGAGCGCCUUCUCGGAAAUAUUAUGGACGUCGAAUAAGUAGAUACCCGAACAGCCAAUCUACAUUCCAGCUCAUUCGACUGUUAAUAAGUUGGGAUAUAAACUUGAAUCCUGGCCCAAGUUCCGUAAAACCAAAGUGCAAUAUCUGCUCUAGAACCAUCGCCCGAAAUCAUCGGUCGCUCGACUGCAAUUCAURUAGAGGUAAAUCUCACAUCAAGUGUGGUAAAGUUACACCGAAACUAUUCAAACAGUUGCAAAGAAAUGACCCGAUGAUAUGGUCAUGUCCCGAAUGCAUUAGUAAGCCUACUGUAGGAUGUGAUGUGGAUUUGUCAGCCCUUCCUUUUACCUCCGUGUCGGAUUUGUCAUCCUUCACCGAUGAACAAGCUGCUCAAGCCGAUGCCACCCAGUAUGAUCAAGAAAGUCAGCAAGAUCUAUCAGAUCUGGUAAAACAACUAGAAGCCAGCUCAAACAAGGAUUUAAGAGUAGCACACUUAAAUAUAUGUAGUCUGAGGAAUAAGAUCGAGGAGCUUAAAUGUUUACAACUUCUGUGCAGAUUUGAAGUGAUAGCGAUCACCGAAACUCAUCUUGACAAAUCUGUCCCCGAUACAGCGAUAGAU